AGGUAACUAGCGAAACUUCGGCGGAGGCCAGCCCGGUCGCUUCCCACUGGCUUUAGUGAUGGCUCAUGAAGCAAUGGAACAUGAGCUUCAGGUGCAGUUAGACCGUGAUGCUGCAGAACAACCAUCUCCUGCUGAAGUGGCUGGCAGUCAGGGGGUCCUGCCUCUGCUCCAGCCUGUCCCUGCUGAAGUGGUGAGCAGCCAAGGGGGACCACUCCUGCUCCAGCCUGCUCCACAGGUGUCCAUUGACCUGACAGAGGAAGAGGUGCUCUCAGGUGAAGAGCGUGUGGAGAACAUUGAUCCAGGAGCUUCAGAGGAGCAAAGGCAGGGAUCUGGUGCUACCCACACCAUCCAAGCACCUUCAGUCGACUCAAUGAACACCUUCAUCACUGGGCUGCAGAGACUUCAUGGCAUGCUGGAAUUCCUGAGACCUCAAAGUUCAGACCACAGUGUGGGGCCAAUGAGACCGAGGAGAAGGAGGAGGAGGGGGCCUACCUCACGGAGGGCAAGAGUUGGAGGGUCUCAGAGGACAGACAGUGCCAGGUUGAGAGCACCAUUGGCUGCUUACUUCCAAGUGACCAGGACCCAGUUUCACAUGCCACCUGUCUCUUAUGAUUCAGAGACUAGUAAUUCCAUGCCCGAAGACUUGGAGGUGUCUAGUGGUUCUGAUUCUGACAGUGACGGCUCUACAGAGGAUGGACAGGCAGUUGUCCAAGCAGAGGAACCUGGAGCUGUCAUUGUAGAAGGUUCCAUCCACCAGCAGUCUCCCCAGAAGCCCAACUCUCUUCUGCCUUCUGCUUCUAUGGAUGAAGACGAAGGGGAAACCUGCACAAUAUGUUUGGAACAGUGGACCAACGCCGGGGACCACCGUCUCGCAGCAUUACGCUGUGGGCACCUCUUUGGGUAUAGUUGCAUUUCUAAGUGGCUCAAGGGACAAGCACGAAAAUGUCCCCAGUGCAACAAGAAAGCCAAGCACAGUGACAUCGUUGUCCUUUAUGCCCGAACCCUGAGAGCUUUGGACACUAGUGAACAGGAACGUGUGAAAAGUUCCCUCCGAAAGGAGCAGAUGCUAAGAAAGCAGGCCGAGCUAGAAUCGGCACAGUGCCGGCUCCAACUUCAGGUCCUCACUGAUGAGUGCACUAAGCUACAUAGUCGUGUUCAGGACUUGCAAAAACUUAUUUUGAAUCAUCGGGAUGAGAUUAUGCAGCAACCCAGUGGCUCCCAAGCAGGUAUCCUGAGGUGCCUGCCCCCAAGCCAGGGCCAGCACAAGUACCACUUCCAGAAGACCUUCACAGUGUCUCAGACAGGAAACUGCCGAAUCAUGGCAUACUCCAAUGCUCUGAGCUGCCUGGUGGUGUCGCAACCUUCUCCUCAGGCCUCCUUUCUUCCAGGCUUUGGUGUUAAGAUGUUGAGUACUGCCAACAUGAAAAGCAGUCAGUACAUUCCGAUGCAUAGCAAACAGAUCCGAGGACUGGCUUUCAGCAGUCGGUCCAAAGGCUUACUACUCUCUGCUUCUCUAGACAACACCAUUAAACUGACCAGAUGCAGAAUAUUUUAUGUAGCGGAGUUUGGAGCAGUCCAAGUUUUGGAAUGUGAGACAUGGUUUCCUUUCUUUUCCUGCAGAUGCCCACUGGUGUCCCUGUCAUACAUACCCAGAGCUGCCUCAGGUGCAUUUCCAUAUGGUGGGGUGCUGGCUGGAACCUUGGAGAACGCUUCCUUCUGGGAACUGAGAAUGGGUUUUUCUCAUUGGCCUCAUGUGCUGCCCUUGGAGCCAGGAGGCUAUGUAGACUUUCAGACAGAGAGCAGCACCCGGCACUGUCUUGUGACCUACAGGCCUGAUAAAAACCACAAGACCAUACGAAGCGUGCUGAUGGAGAUGUCCUAUACACUGAAUGACACUGGAGAGCCAAUCUGCUCCUGCCAUCCUGUACAAACAUUCCUUGGGGGAUCCACUUGUAAACUCCUGACCAAAAGUGCCAUUUUCCAAAACCCACAGAAUGAUGGCAGCAUACUGGUGUGUACUGGGGAUGAAGCAUCAAAUUCAGCCCUGCUAUGGGAUGCUGGCAGUGGCUCAUUGCUGCAGGACCUGAAGACUGAUCAGCCUAUCUUGGACAUCUGCCCAUUUGAGGUGAACCAUAACAGCUACUUGGCUACCUUAACAGGGAAGAACGUCCUCAUCUAUCAGUGGGAGUGACCAUGGUCUUGAGAUCUUUCAGGCAUGCUGCUGGUUAACUUCAAAUGUUUGCUAGUACCU